AUGUCAGAGACUGCUGCAGUGAAUUCAACAGCUGCUAAGAAGCAGCCUCCUCAAAGUAGAUUAAAGCAGUUGACUAGUGCCUCCUCGUGGGUCUCUCCCUUUAGAAGUCAAGCCGACGAACAAGAUGCCAAAUCCAAGAAGAAGGUUAAUUUGUAUAAGCAAUUCAAGGAUGACAACAAAGUUGAACACAUCAAGGUCCCUGCCAAGUUUGCCCACCAUCCUACUUUAGAAGCUGAAGCAAAAAAGAAGAAGAAGCAAGCAAAGUCGACAAACUCAACAAAAAAGACUGGAGACGAAAAGGCAAAGAAGACAACAGACGACAAGGCUAAAACAGAGGAGCAGAAGCUCGAGGAUGAGUCAAAGGAAAAGUUGGUAACCGAUGAGCCAUCUACCGCUGCUGCAGAGGAGCAAAACCUCGAGGAUGAGUCAAAGGAAAAGUUGGUAACCGAUGAGCCAUCUACCGCUGCUGCAGAGGAGCAAAACCUCGAGGAUGAGUCAAAGGAAAAGUUGGUAACCGAUGAGCCAUCUACUGCUGCUGCAGAGGAGCCAAAGGGGAAAGCAACCACCGACGAGGGAUUGGAAAGAAAGCAAACCAACGAGUCCAGAGAAACAUUGCUUAAGGAUGAAGAUCAAGCCGAAGAUCCUUCAGAAAAGGCAAAAGAGGACUUUGAAGCAGCCGAAGCCGAUAUUGAAAACGCCAAAAAAGAGGCUGAUGAUCAAGAAGCCCAAGUUGAACAGCACUUGGAAGGUGACGACGAGAUUGUCGAAAAUAUCAAGGAAAACCCAGUUGAUAUUUCAUCUCCACCCCAAACAAAGUACGAACCUGUUGAGAAACCAAACAAGGAAAUUUUGGAGAAAUUAAAAGACAAGCCAGUCUUGUUAAAACACUACCAAGAAUUGAAUGCCACAGCCGUUGGGUCUCUUGCAAAUGACUUAGAUGACCCCAAGAAGGUUAUUGAGUUGGGUUCUGGUUUGAGGAUGACUCAAGCUCAAUUGUUGGAUAUGGCAGCAAAGAGAGUUGCCCCAGUGAUUACUUCAAUCAAUGACGAAGUUUCUAAAACUAGACAGGAGGAUGAAAUCAAGAGACAACAAAUCUUGGACCAAAAAGUAAAGAAGCACGAAGGAAAGUUGAAAUCUGAUUUUGACAAGUAUGCAGCAAAGGUGGCCAAGAGGAAAGAAACUUUUAACCAUGAAAUUGAACGCAAAUUGGCCGACAUUGCUAACUUGGUUAAAACCUCCGACGACAAUGCUGCAAAGUUUGAAAAAAAGACCAAAGAUGAAAUCGAAACAGCAGCCAAAGAGUACGAAGAACGUGAAAACAAGGCCGUUGAAAAGCACGCUUCUGAUAAGGAAACCAUUGAAAAGAAUCAUGACGAGUUAAUAGCAACCAAAAAGCAAGAGUUGGAGGACGCCAAAACGGGACAAGAGACGGCUGCUCAAGAGAUUGAAGAUUUGAAACAAAAAAGGAUUGACUUUACUGAAAAGAACUCCGAAUUGGACACCGAAAUAGAACGGUUAAAGAGUAAGUUGGAGGAGGAAAAGGCCAAGUUACAAGAAUUGAGGUCUCAACAUGAUUCUCAUCAAGAUGCAAUUGAGGUAAACCAAAAUCAAAGCAAAGAGUUGAAUGAAAAGAUUGGUGGUUACCAAAAGGAUAUUGAUGACAAAAAAACCACCCACAAGGGCUUGGUUGCUGAAGUUGGAGUUUUGGGUGCUGCUUUGGGUGCAUUUGCAGCAAAAUUAGCCGAUGUCAACUCAGAUAAAACGGACAGGACUGAGAGGCUCACUGAAGCAAAGAAUAAGCACAUUGCUUGGCAAAAAGAUAAGGAUCACUUUGCUGAAGAGGCUGCAAGAGAACAUGAACGUCAAAGAGCGCAAGCAACCCAAGAGUACGAGACCAGAAAGCACCAAGAGGAGUUGGAAAGAAAGAGACAAAAGGAAGAGCAGGAAAGACUUGAAAAGGAAGAGCAAGAGAGGCAAGCCAAGUUGGAAGAAGAGGAAAGAAAAAGACAAGCUCAGUUAGAGGCCGAGGAAAAAGAAAGACAGGCCAAACUCGAGGAGGAAGAGAGACAAAGAAAGGCUGAAGAAGAAGCAAAGGCCAAGGAACUCAAGGAGAAGCAAGAGAAGGAAGCAGCUGUUGCUGAAAAGCUCAGGCAAAAAGAAGCCAAGCAGAGGAAUUUAGAAGAGGAAAGGAACAAGCAUGAUUCCAUUUUCCAACAAGGUACCUACAGCGGUGAUGAGUCAACCUACCAAAAUGCCCAAAAGCAGAGGUUGGGGGAUGAAAUUACAAAUUUGCAAAAGAUUAAGGAGUUGAGAGAGGAGAGGGCUACUUUCACCGGAGAGGAUCCAAAAAGUGAUGACCUUGAGAAGUUGAUCAAGGAAAGGCAAAAGGCGAUCAAAAAGAUUGAAAACAAGCAGUCACAAGCACCUUUAAAAGAACUGGCAGUAGCUGAAGAACCAACAUCAAGUAAGAAUUUGGUUGCUUCUGGCACUGGUGCUGCUGCCGGGACUGUAUUUGGACAAGAUUUGAUUGAAAAACAAUCGAAAUUGCCAAGUGCACAAGAAAACCCAAGUGCCGACUACGACACGAAGAAGAAGAAUGCUCUUUACGGCGAUGCUGAAAAGUCAGUCCCAAAGAUUGAGGAUGAUACAAAGAAGGAACCAAAAGAUAAGAGGGCUGGUUUAGGAUCUGCAGCUCUUGCAGCUGGUGCUGUAGGUGCUGGAUCUGGUGCUGGAGUAGGAGCAGCAACCAAAUCUUCUGAAAACGCUGCACCCUUGAGCAAAGAGAGAUCAAAUAGUCUUACUGACAGGUUUAAAGGAUGGGGAAGAAGACUUUCCUCCAAAGACAAGAUCCCAACUGAAAAGUCUAAAGAGAAGGCCCUAACUGCCUCGAAAGAACCAAGAGAUAGCAAUGUAGGUGUGUCCUCAAAGGACACUGACAACAAACCUGCCAUUGUUUCCAAGAAUGAUACCGGAAAAGAGAACAACAUAGCUGCUGCGCCCAAAGGUAAUGACAUAGUCGGAGGAGUCAAUGCAAAUGAUAUUGAAGACAAAACAGGCUCAGCGCGUGUAAUUCCUAAAGGGAGUCAAACUAUUGGUGGGGUGAAUGCUAAUGAUAUCGAAUCAAAGGACACUCACGGUCACAGUGCCGCUAUCGCAGCUGGCGCUAACCUGAACGAUAGAGAUGAUUCAUCCUGGGAUGUUCACUCGGUAUAUGAACUCGUAUCUGACGGCGAAUUCGAAGCAAACAAGAAUGAUCCUAAUUACUUUGCGGUUAAUGAAGCCGACUACAAUAAACACAAGGAGCUGGAGAAAAAUUUUCAUCUCUUCGAUAAGAUUCAUUAA